AGAACGGCUCCCGAGUGGCCGACAAUCGGCCGUCUCAACAUAUAUAAUUCUCCAUGGAAUUUCUAAUUAUAUUUCAUUAUUUAUUAUUAUUAUUAUUAUACUGUGUUCUAUACGUUCGUACCUACACAUCGUGGUUGUAGUUUACAUUUUGUAUGCGCUUUAUUCUAUGUGUGCUACUGUAAUAGUUUCGAGUUCUCGACUCUCCUGUUUUGUGGUUCGACUAUUUAGUAAAUUGAUAGAACGAUUAAAACUUAAAAAAAUCGUCGGUAUAAACAACGAAGAUGAAUCAACAAGCAAUAUUGCUUGAGGCGUGUUUAAAUCGUAUAGAUUUUCUGACUCUUAUAAAGUCUAUUCAUGUGCCUCUGGACGACGAAAAAGUCAGAAACGUGUCAUUGACUUUUCGUUGGCUUCGGAAUAAUGCACCGGAUUUACAAGACUGUACUAAACAAGAAUUAUUGAAAUCUGGAAUUGUAGAAAUAUGUUCAUGGUUUUUUGAUAAAUGUUUUGUGAGCGAACCUUUGAACUCUAGUAUAAUACUGCAGUUUUUAAAUAACUUAUCUAUAAACCAUAAAUCAACACAACAUAGUAUAUUUCUAUGUUUUCAUAGUAAAUUAAAGUAAGUCCUUAUGUUAUCUACCUAUUUAACAUAAAUUAAAUACAUUUUGUUAUUCAAUCAUUUUUAAUAACACUUUCUUAUACAUAAUCAGUAUGGUUUUUUUUUUUUCAGAAAAUAUAUAUUAUCAACAAAGCAUUCCAAUCUACUGAAUUCAUUAAUAAUGUUACUGUAUAAUCUAUGUUUACAAAAUGUCAGCUUUAAAUUGGAUGUUUUAAGGGAUUUUUACAUUAUUAAAAACAUUAUGACUCAUUGGAACAAAAAAAAGGAAAUUGAAUAUUGGUAAGUGUGCCGAUUGGAAACUAUUUAAGGCUGUGUCUUAGUUACCAGGUCCCCGGGUAGAUAGUGGAAAACCGGGUACCUGCCUCUUGAUUUUAUUGUAUUAUCACUGUGGUGGACAGGUUCGAGUACUUAGAGAUAGUCAAGUAUUUUUCAAAUAAUUGAAUACAAUUUUAAUUUAUAAGUCUGUUAAUUUGUUUAACUUAGAAAAUAUUUCUAUAAUAAAAUUCAAAACAGAGUAGUGUGAAAGUGCUCGAUGUUCUCAUCUCAAAACUUAUCCGCUGGCUGACCCUAGCCAAGAUUCUUUUAUAUGAAAGACACUAUAGCUAUUUUCCGGACUAGGCUUAUUUUUAAUUAUAUCUGCAUUAAUUAAUUAAUAUCUGCAUUUUUUUAUGUGGAGAUAAGGAGAUGCUGUAAGUAAUAUACAAAUUGUAGCUCUCAUUAAAUUGUUAAUUUGAUUAAACUGGUUAAAUAUUUACUAGUUAAUUUAAUUGUUUUAAUAUUAAUUAUUUAAUAUUUGUUUUUAUAAGCAACCAUAGUGAUAGAACCAUACACAACAAUCACGGUAAUAACAUAAAAUCCUUUAUAAUAAAUUAUUCUAAGACCAUGAUAAUAAUUACCUAUCUACAGGGAAAUCAGAUGGAUGGCGCCUGGUGCUCAAAAAUGUGACCGGGCUGGUGUGUGGGGCACCUGGUUUUCCAUUAUCUACCCAAAAUAUGAUGGAGACAGUGAUUAUUUAAUAUAAUAUUUAAAACAAUACAUUAGGACAGUGGUAAUUUAAAUAUACUGCUAAUACAUUUUCCUAAACUUAAAUAUUAUAAUAUUAUCAUUUUUAUGGCUAGUAAGUUAAAAAGUAAUUUGGUGUUAUCUAACAAAAAUGCAGUACUAUUGUAAAAAAUUUAAUAAUAACGUCAACCAAAGUCAAAAAAUAAUUGACCCUUCUAGUUUUAAAAAUGUUUGCUCUUGUUUAAAGAAAACUGAGUCAGUCUUGAUAUAUUUAGAGAGGCCCAUUUUGUCACUUAUGACAAAGUCAUGCCUAUAAUAAGCCAUUAUUUAUUAUAAUUAUUAAAUUUAAAUAAAUUUUUUUGUUUUUUAGUAAGAUAUUUUUAGAUUCCAUUUUCUCAGAUCAUAAAUCAUUUGAACUCACAUAUACACAUCUUCCUGAUGAUUCCAAAGAUCAAUUAAUGAACUUAUUAUCUGUUUGGCUGGAUUACUACGAAGAUAUUGUGUCAUUUGAAGUAAUGGAGUUCAUAAAAACUGAUUUGUUUAUUAGUUGUACCAUAGAUCAAAUUACUGGUGGUGUAGUUAAUGUUCUUGCUAAAGCAUCUAAUAUAAGCAGAUUUCAUGAUGUUAUUCAAAACUAUACUCCAUUGUUGGAAAAGACAAUGGGUAUGUAAUUAGUAAAUAUUAUUUAUUUAAUUUGUACAAUGUUGAUACAAUAAUUUGUAUCAAAUUAUCUAUAUUAUGAAAUAUUGUAUUUUUUCUCUAGAUAUAUUGACUGUUAUACAUGAAGAUGGCAAAAAGAGUUCAGAUAAUGAAUUUAGUCGUAUAAAUGAUUUAUCAGCUCUAUUUAUUAAUUCUGAUGUAAUAUCACAUAAUAGAUAUGGAUUCAAAACAGAUAUAAUACGUUUGAUUACAAACAUGUGUUUUAACCAUCAAAAUCAUCAAAAUUUGGUAUGUACAGGGCGCGGCAGAGCCGACUGACGAGUUUUGAAGGGUUAUAAAAAAUGAACAGUAAAACUUAGAGAAAAAAAUUUUUUUUUAUUAAAAUAAGUAUUUAUUACCAUUUUUAAAAAUUAUUGUUUGUAAAUUAUAUCUCCAAGAUGGCGGCCGUCAGCAUCAAUACACUGUUGUAGACAUUCUCUGAAGCUGGAGGGAUUCGCAUAAGAAUUUGCUGACAGAGAUUUUUGCGGUUGUCAUAGUCAGUAGCAUGUAACUCUUGGACAAGCAUUAAUUUAUAGGGAUGGAAUGAUAAAUCUUCGUGAAGAAUUCUCCUCAAAGAACGGUUUGAGAUUCCCAAAGCUACCGCGUGUUUCCGGGCAGAGCGUCUUGGCGACCUCUCAAUUGACUCUAACCAACUGGACAUUUUCGGGAGUUCUGGGUGCUCCAUGUCCCAGUCCACUUAGGGUACUUCCGGUUUCUUCCAAUUGCCGUAUCCAAAAUUUAACAGUGUUAGCAGAAGGAAUAGAUUCGUUACGUGGAAUGCCGAAGUGUAUACGAAAAGCCCUCUGUGUAGCGAUCAUAGAAUGAUUAUUUUCGUAAUAACGCACAACGAAACCACAAUGUACACCUGUCCAGACUAUGAUUACGACUAAAAAUGGCAUUACUGUACAAUUCAAAAUAUACCACUAAUUAAGGCCUACUCUUAUCUUAUCUCAGGCUAAUGAGCUCAUUAAACUCGUCAGUCGGCUCUGCCGCAUCUUGUAUAUUAUCAUCUGUUUUUUAAAUUUUAAAAAGUAUUGUAUUAUUUUUUGACAUUUAAAUUUUAAAUGUUAUUAUUACAGAUCCGUGAUAAAGACAUUAUUCCAAUAUUAUUAGAAUGUUGUUCCUUUGAUGCCAAAAAUCCAGGUGAGUUACAUUAUUCUCAGUUUAGUGAAUUUCAUUUUUUCAAUUUUAUUUGUUUUUUUACUUUGUGAAUAACACAUAUGAUUAUAAUUUAAAUGUUUUUGUAUAUUAUAGUGCAUUUAAAAUAAUUUAUUUUAACUAAUAUAUUAAAUUUUACUGAAAAUCUUCCUUAGAUUCUAAACAGUUUUAAAAUAUGUAUCUUUUUUUUUAAUGCUCUUUUAUGUAUAACAUAAUUAAGUAUAAAGUGAAAUAUUUUGAAUUUGGAAAUCAACUAUUUAAAAUAUUUAAAUCAUCUAUGUAUAAUUUUGAUCAUAAAUUAAAUCCAGUUAAUAUACCUAACCAUAUUUUUGGUAAAGAUAGAACAGUUUCUUCAGAAUAAUUUAGGUUACUUAUUUUUAUCUGUGUGCAUGCAUGACUAAACUGAUUUAUAUGGGACUCUAGAUGUAGCUAAAAUCAUUCUCUACAGUCAAUAUGAUUGAUAACUAAAUUCAAUAGGUUUCCUUCAUUUAAAUAUUAUGUUAAAUAUUUUUGUGCGUCACGAAAUCGGUAUAUCAUUAAUAUUAUAUGCAAUAUUUGUCUUUCAACAUAGGUCUCCACUCUUCAUUGCUUCUACACUGGUUUAUACAGAUGAUGGGAACAAAAUAACACUUGGAUGCCAAGUUUGGUUCUGUAGUUAAUAAUGGAUUUCUCACAAAAUAUUGAUAGGGUGGGGGUAGUGUCUCAUUAACUUGUCCCUCGCUUGGCUCUUUCCAUUAUUUUAAUCAUGUUGUCUAUGGCUUGUUUUCUAGUGUCUUGGUUAUUAAUCAUAAUUUCAUUAACGUGUAAUUUUUCAGUAAUGCGAGAAUGGUGUUUACUUGCACUUCGAAAUAUCAUGAGUGGAAAUCAAGAGGACUACCAAAUUUUUUCUGAAGAUAUGGAAUCUCAUGACCCUGCUGAAAUAGAAGAAGUAAUCUAGAAAUAGCUUUAUUGUAAUGUUCAUAAUGUUUCAAUUUAUUAAUGAAUAUUAUAACUUGAUACAAUGAAAAUAUUAUGACUCAGGAACUCAGUAAUAUCUUAUGGAACUACAUUAUGUUCUAACAGUCUAGGUAAUGUUGUGUGGUAAAAGACAAACCAAAUAAAAUAGUUAUAAGCUAGUAAUAGUUAAAGCACUAAAAAAUUUAAUUUUUAGUACUUUAAUUUACACUUAAAAUCACCAAUAUAAGUAUUUUAAAUUGAAAAAAUAUACAAAAUACCAAUUUUCCAAAAUUAAAUUUGAUAAUAAAACAGUAUAACUGGUAAAUAAACCAAAUUAUUGGGACUGUAAUUUUUUGAUUAGAUUUGCAGAAACCACUGAAUUACAUAGAUCUUUUUCUAAUAUGUUUGUUCAUUUAAAAAUCAAAGCAAAAUAACUCUUAUUAUGCAACAAAUUACAAUAACAAAUUCCGUGUAUGUCUGUAAAUAGCAUUUAAAGCUUUAAUUUAGCAAAAUAGCUCUAAAAUACUAAUUAUGAAAAAAAAGCAAUAAACAAUUUUGUAUAUUACAUCAGUGAAAUAUGAAACAAAUUUAUUUAUUAUGACUGUUCUUGGUGUCACCAAAAAUAACAUGCAAAUCUUAAUACUUUGGAGUUAUUGUUAUGAAUAUCCAGAAAUAACUAAAAAGUAUGCAAAGGGUUAAAAUUGCUUUCACCAAAUUUUUGAAAAUCAAACUGUUUAUUUUUUCUGCAAUAAAUAAUGGGUUACACUAUUUCACCAAUGCAUGUCACUGAUUUCCACACUAUUGCAACUAUUAAAAAUUGUAGUUAAUUUUGCUACAGUAAAAAUUAUAUGCAGCUGAUUAUUUUAUAUUGUCACAAAGCAUACACCAAUAUUAUCUAGAUUUAGUUAAGACAUAGUUUGAAUACAUGGUGUGGUGCUUUCAGAACUUAUCUUUCACUGUUGAAUGUCACAAUUAAUUCUUCAAUUAUAUUUAUAUUAUAGAAGACAGCUCUCACACUCACUUAAUUUAUAAACUUUUUAUUUAUAUAGCCUAGAACAACUAGUACAUAAGUUUAAUAACUGUUGGAGUCUUGACUAUUAUUUUCUAACCUUUUUGACAUUGCUCACCACUAGGAUAACUUUUGAUUGAUCUAGGACAAUCUUGAUCUGUUGAUGAACUUUUUUUAAACAACAUAGUAAUAAUAAUAAUAGUUAUAUUAUUAUCCCAUCACUGCCAACUUUUUUUUUUUAGGGGAAAAAAUACCAUCUAUGGUUUACCACUGAUUGGAAAUUAAAAUCACUGUGCUAGGUAAACUGUUUAAGAAACUAAUUUUCAGUUUCUGUAUAAAUAUAAUCACUAAUAAAUAAGCCUGAUAAUUGUUCAUUGCUAAUAUUAGGUGACAAAUAGGUGGAUUAUCUUGUACCAACUACAACAUAAUAAAUACCACUGCUGCUAUUUAUUUUAAUGUUCUUGUUAUUAUCCUGAGUGAGUAAAUUAAGUAAUUUGAUAAAUAUACUUUCAUUUGUUUUUGUUAGGUAUCUGGUAUAUACAUUUUUUAUAUAAUAUCAAUAAUAACAAAAUAAUUAAUUUCACAAAAAUACUCACCGGGUCACAAGUCAUCUCUAUAAACCAAUCUUCUUAUGAAAAAUUUAGUGUAAAUAAGUAUAUAAUUUAUUCAAAAACAGAAUUGUGUGGUGAAAUAUGCUAAGUGUAACAAAUAAAUAAAGUUAUGGGAACAUUUUUAAUGUUUAGGCUGUUUUCAGUAUUCUAAAUACAAUAAAAAAUAUGCUCAGUGUACAAGCAAUCAUUAAAUCAAUUAUAUCGUAUGAAGUAAUUGGAUGUUGUGAGGGGGUUAUAUAAUAAUUUAUUGAACAUAGAUAAAUAAAAAUACAUUGUUAAGAAUAGCUCUUAAUAAAGAUUUAACAACUACACGAUUUAAUGUCUUUACAAAAACUUCAAUGUACUCUCAGUAAAAAAACUAUUUUUAUAUAACUACAGUAAAUUUCCCCAUAAGACAUUGUUUACUUUACAGUCCCACUCACAAAGUUAAUACAAGAUGUAAAUAAAUAUUUUAUAGAUAAUUGUAACAUAAAAUAAUUUGUACGCAAUAUAAAAUUGUAAGAAUAAUAAUAGUGAAUAUGUUAUCUGAAUACUUAUUAAAUCCAGAACAUUACAAUUUCAAUAAAAGUACCACACUUGCUAAAUGUUUAUUUCACAGUUUUACAUUAGCUAUAGAUCAUAGUUUUAGUUUUAUUAUUAUAGAAUUAAUUUUAUUAUUAUUAUUUUUAGUGUUAUUAGCAUAUCACAAAAAUGAUUUUAUUAUAUUUAUUACAUAAUAAUAUAAUAUUAUAUACAUUAUAACUAGCACAUUUUAAUCUAUGUGCAAGUAUAAUUAUUAAUUAUAUAAAUGUAGAUAAAGAUCCUGGUCCAUCACAGGAGUAGACUCAGUUAAGCCCAGUGCCUAUUCCAUGUGUAGAAAAUAUAAUAAAAUAAAUAAAUAAAAAAUAAAUGUAAUGUGAUAAAAACUAGACAUCACACAGUUUUUAGUAUGAUGUCCCUUUUUACGAAAAGUUUAAAUAAAUUACAAAUAAUUAAUAUUACUUAGAUAAAUUUGUUUGUUAUUUCAAAACAUUAAAUUAAGAAAAUUUAAAAAUAUUUUUUUACAUUAUAUCAUAUUUUUUUCACAUUUUGUAUUUUUCUUUGAUCCUUGGAAAGAAUGUUUAACUCAGAUUUGUAUAGUUUGUAAUAUAAACCAAUCAAAUAUUGAAAAUGCAUAUACUUAUACAAUUUAGAUAAAAAAAAAAAUUACAUUAAACCUGAAUCAUAAAAAAACAAAUGCUAAAAAUUGACCUAAGGCUCUUCCCUGGGAUCAAAGAUAUUAUAUAAGCUAUAAGUACUUUAAAAAAAUGUACUCAAUAUUAUUUUUAAGCGUUAACUAAUUUAAAACAUGUUAAUUCAAGAUUGGGUUUUCCUAAAAAAAUGUACAUAUACUAUACAAUUUAAUUUAGUUAAUAAAUAAAUAUAAAUAUUUUGAUAUAUUUAUAAAUUAUAAUGUUUGUUUAAAACAUUUUUGUAGCUAUUAGUUUUCCAGAAGUUUUAUAAUGAUUAAAGUUUGUAUAUUAUUUUUUUUUUUUGGAAAUCGCUUCUAAUAAAUAUAUUUAUUAAAAUUGUAUUUAUGACUAAUUGUUAAAGAUAAAUUGUUGAAAACUUAAUUGGUAUAUGUUAGAGAUUAGAGCAGCAGUUUCCAUCACUGGCACUUGGUGUCUUUUGGGCCUGUACUAAAACUGAAUUGUAAAUUUUAAAAUCUAAUAUUCUAUACUUUUAAAGUGUGAAUAAAAUACAUGAAAUAUUUUUUAUUUA